AGGCGUACAGAGCCAAUGGUUUUGGGGUUUUUGGCAAUAAAGAAAAAGGAGAAGAAAAAAAAAAAAACAAAACAAAACAAAAAAAAAAAAAAUGGAAAAAUGUGGUUUUCAAUGUAGAAAUAGAGGCAGCCAAGACAGCCAGAAAAUUCUGGCUAAAGUAAGAUGACCCACAAAAUUUGUUUUCAAUUUUGGGAGGCUUACAACAAAGCAAAUCAUCCAUCAAUACCCAGUACCCAACACCCAUCACAUCCACAGGGAGAGUUUUAGGAAAAAAAAAAAAUUUUAAAAAAAGAGAGAGAGAAACAAGUAUGGAAAUGAGAGAAACCGCAAAGGGUACAGAAGAGACUGGAAGGAGAAGAAAAAAAGAAGAAAACUUUGGAAUAACAUAGAGAUAAGAAAGACAAAGGGUUUGAGAGUUUUUUUCUUUUAUGGGUUUUUGGAUUUUUUUAUCCAAUUUUUGCUUAGUUUAAUGCAAAGCAAGUAUGAGCGUCGUGUAUGAUCAAAUCCUAAUUGUUAUUAUAUGAUCACAAGCUUUUUACCGGUCGUACCCUCGACUCCAAAUUGGAUUUGGAAUUUCUUCUUUCAUUGGUGGAAGCCAGCGGCAUGUUAAGGCUUGCUUCAUAGCACUCAUAUGGCUAGGCAACUUGAACUUCAUUUCAUUAUUGAGGGCAUGGAAAUGAAAUUUUGAGCUCAGAGACCCAAAAAAAACCUGAGAAAAAGAUAAAAUCGAAUAAAGGGAAUCAUCUUGAGAUUUCAGAAGAACAUUAUACUCAGUUUGGAAGAUGGGCUUGCCUCAAGUGUCCUCAAGCAGUAUUGCUGAGGAAGUGGCAGUAUCUUUGAGCACAUUUGCACAAAAUCCACCUAAAAUUGCUGGUAUGAGCAGCUGUGAUUUAAGUGGCCUGCAUGGAGGAAAUCUUGGCAAUCGCAUGCAGGUGGAUUUACCAUGUUCUUCUUUUGGGGAGUUCCAUCGGAAAUCUAUCACAGAGCUUCAAAAGGAGCCAGAUUUCUUUAACACACAUAAAGAUGGUAGAUCCAACAUGCAUCCAUUGAAGAUUAGUUCUAUGGAACAAAACUGCUGGUUAACUCGGAAAACUGGACAGAAUAUUCAUACACCUGUUCCUAGGAUUAUUGGUUUUGAAUCUAGAGCAUUAAAUUCUGGUAAUAAAUUCGAUGGAAAUCAACAUUCUUCAAUUGCUGUUAGUGACAUUGGUGAUGCAGUUGAGGGCGGUGGGUCCCAUGUCAGGAAGCGUCUGCUGUCCCCUUUGAAUGGAAUGCUUCUCCAAGACCAGUUCACUGGUGAUUCUUUAGACAUUAGUGGUGGCAUUAAUAAGGAUGGUCUUUCAGGAGGUAAUGACAGAUUCAAUGUUCCAGCACUACAAGAGAACAAGAAAGCUCAUAUUGGUGACUCAAAUUAUUUCACUAUUCCAAUCUGGCCUGCAUCCUUCUCCCCAGAAUGGAAGAAUUCACCAAAUGAUAAUUGUGGUGCAAGCUCCAUCUUUUUCACUGAUGGCCCUUUAUAUAAAACCAAGGAGUUGCAACCUCACCAUGAUUUUUUAUCAUCACCUGGCUUUCAUUGCUCUGGAGAAAUAAUCAAUAGACAUCCCAAAACGGAAGCUAUAACCAUUCCUCUAAAGAAGGUGGCAUCUCCUUCGCUGUCUUUGUCCCCACUUGGUCCAAAGCUACCUGAAAAAGUGAAAUAUAUAGGAAAAUGCACUGAAAAUACUAAGUUAGAUGAUAAUAAUAUAACAUUAAAGGACAUGGAGGAGUCACUUGAUGGAACUGUCUCGGGCUCUUUAUCUUACUGGAAUGAGGAGCCUUUCAGGAUUCCAAGUAAAUCACCACAAGAUCUUGAUGUUUUGGAGAAAAAGUUGGACUUGUUUACUUCUGAGAGUAACAAUGGCAUGACUGAGCAUUGGAGUCAUUCUUUGAACUUUAACCCUCAAGGUUCCAAAUUUGUGAGAACGCUAAGUGGACUGCCUGUUAGGAGGUCCUUGGUUGGUUCAUUUGAGGAAUCCCUGUUGUCUGGUCGGUUAUUCUGUGGAAAAGUUAGUCAGAGAAUUGAUGGUUUCCUUGCUGUUUUGAAUGUCACUGGAGGAAAUUUCUCACCCCGUUCACAAAAACUUCCAUUUGCAGCGACCAGUGUAGAUGGAGAUAACUACUUACUUUAUUACUCAUCCAUAGAUCUUGCUGGGAACAUGGAAUCGAACAAGUUUAGAGGCUCUAAGAUGAAGAGAAGCCUUAGCAUUGAUGAAUCCCGAUUAGAAAAGAGUCGCUUGCGUAUACCUAUGAAAGGAUGCAUACAACUGGUCCUCAGCAAUCCAGAGAAGACACCUAUACAUACCUUCUUUUGUAAUUAUGAUUUAAGCGACAUGCCAGCUGGUACAAAGACAUUUCUCCGCCAAAAGAUCACUCUAGAUUCUUCUGGAUCUCCUACAUCUGCAGCUGGAAAUGGAAGACAUGGAGACUCUAACGUAGAAGGUGAUUCCAAGCCAUCUUUGACCCUAAAUACUAGUCAUUCUUUGCCUUUUAGCUGUGAUGAUGUAGAUUCAAAUGGCUACAACGUUGCACAAAAUAAAAAAUCUACGAACCAGUGUAUAAAAGCAACGGAAACUGCAGGUACUGACCAUGUUGAAUACGUUUUCAAUGAAUCGCAAAGGAAGGGAGAGAAAGGCAUGCCGCCCUCUCACUAUAGUGGAUUGAAUGGUCAUGAAUAUGAAAAGACUGGCAAGGAGGAUAACAGCAUACUAAACAAAUGCAACGAAAAUGGAAGGAAGUCUGUAAAUAGCCCUUCAAAGGCCAACAAGAAUACAACGGGUGCUGGUGUUCUGCGUUAUGCUCUUCAUGUCCGCUUCUUCUGUCCUUUAUCUAAGAAAAGUUCAAGGUCAAUGCAAAGGAGCAAAUCUAGCCCCUCUUCUGCACCAGCAAGGAAUAUGAACAUUGAAUGUGAACGCCGCUUCUACUUGUACAAUGAUUUGAGGGUAGUGUUCCCUCAACGUCAUUCAGAUUCCGAUGAAGGCAAGUUGCAUGUGGAAUAUCAUUUUCCUUCAGAUCCAAAAUACUUUGACAUCAGCAACUAAAACUUGCCCAAUUUGUUUUCCUUUCUAACAGGAUAGUCAUGUAUAUCUCUAGUCUCUCGUACAUAUUUAUCAUGUACAUGUAUCAGUUUCCCGUAAUUAUUGGGUUGAUUUUGCCCUACAUUAAUUUGUAAAUAUUCUUUAAUUUCUUAAAAAUAAGUAGUUGAUUUAAAAUUUAAUCUUA